UGCUGCGUACCCGGUAUUCACCCAAACCGAGGCCCUUCUGUCAACAGGGAGGAAGGGAGGGGUCUGCACCAUUGCUCUGUCCAGGCUGACCCGCUGUUCUGCCUUGCUCAGGACCAUCAUCUCCCCUGUGCUUCAUCCUCUCCUCCUCGUCUCACUCCCCAAACCCAGAGCCCCCCCUCCACUGUACAAGAUGCCCCGCAGGAAUAAGUCCAGAAAUACCCCCGCCACAGAGUCCUCCACCCAGGUCCAGACUGAAGCACCAUCUGAACCUGCGGAGCCAAGGGAUGUGGCAGCCACGCCAGAGGAAGAGGAAGACCAGAAUGUGGGAGACAGCGAGAUAGUCAAGUCCCCCAGUGACCCCAAACAGUACAGAUACAUUGUACUGGAGAACGGGCUCCGAGCGCUGCUUAUCUCCGACUACAGUGGUCCAGCUGCAGAACAGGAUGAGGAGGAAGAGGAAGAAGAGGAGGAAGAUGGAGAGGAAGAGGAGGAGGAGGAGGAAGAAGAGGACGAUGAGGAGGAAGAGGAGGAUGAUGAGGAAGAAGAGGAUGGAAGUGAAGAGGAGGAGGAAGAGGGCAAGAGGAAAAAAGGAAAUGCAGAAAAACAGUCGGCAGCCGCGCUCUGUGUCGGGGUGGGCAGCUUCUCUGAUCCUCACGACCUGCCUGGCCUCGCCCACUUUCUAGAACACAUGGUCUUCAUGGGGAGCGAGAAGUACCCGUCUGAAAACGGCUUUGAUGCUUUCCUGAAGAAGCACGGAGGAAGUGACAACGCCUCCACCGACUGUGAGCGCACCGUCUUCCAGUUCGACGUCCAGAGGAGGAGCUUCAAAGAGGCCUUGGACAGGUGGGCUCAGUUCUUCAUCUGUCCCCUAAUGAUCCGGGAUGCCAUCGACCGUGAGGUGGAGGCCGUGGAUAGUGAGUACCAGCUGGCCAAACCCUCCGACUCACACAGAAAGGAGAUGCUGUUCGGGAGCCUGGCCAAAGUGGACCACCCCAUGGGCAAGUUCUGCUGGGGAAACGCCGAAACUCUGAAGCACGAGCCGAAGAAGCAGAAGAUAAACGUGUACAAGCGCCUGCGAGCGUUCUGGGAGCAGCACUACUCUGCUCACUACAUGACCCUGGCGGUGCAAUCCAAAGAGAAACUGGACACGCUGGAGGAGUGGGUGAGGGAGAUCUUCAGCAAGGUCCCCAACAACGGACUUCCAAAGCCGGAUUUCUCCACCAUGCUGGAUCCCUUUGACACUCCCGCCUUUAACAAGCUCUACCGAGUUGUUCCAGUUCGAAAAGUUCAUGCUUUGAAUAUCACUUGGGCCCUACCUCCACAGGAAAAGUACUACCGAGUGAAGCCCCUCCAUUACAUCUCGUGGCUCAUUGGACACGAAGGCACUGGCAGCAUCCUGUCCGUGCUCCGGAAGAAGUGCUGGGCUCUGGCUCUCUUUGGAGGAAACAGUGAAACAGGCUUUGACCAGAACACCACCUACUCCAUCUUCUCCAUCUCUAUCACCCUCACCGACGAAGGCUUCCACAACUUCUACCAGGUGACACAGCUCGUGUUUCAGUACCUGAAGAUGCUACAGACGCUUGGACCACAGCAAAGGAUAUACGAAGAGAUUCAGAAGAUAGAAGCCAAUGAGUUUCACUAUCAGGAGCAGAUUGACCCAAUAGAGUAUGUAGAAGAUGUGUGUGAGAACAUGCAGCUGUUCCCUAAGGAGGACUUCCUCACAGGAGACCAGCUCAUGUUCCACUACGACCCAGAGGUCAUCAACGGUGCUCUGUCCCUCCUCACUCCAGACCGGGCCAACCUGAUGCUGCUGUCCCCAGAGCACGAGGGCCGAUGUCCCCUCAGGGAGAAGUGGUUUGGCACCCAGUACAGCGUGGAGGAUAUUGCACCAGAAUGGAUGGGAAAGUGGACAGGGGAGCUAGAGCUGGACAGUAGCUUACAUCUCCCCGCAGAAAAUGAGUUUAUAGCCACUGACUUUAACCUGAAGCCGUCUGACUGCCCUGACACGGAGCUCCCCGUUCGGAUCGCUGACAGUGAAAAGGGCUGUCUCUGGUACAAGAAGGACAACAAGUUCAAAAUUCCAAAGGCCUACAUCAGAUUCCACCUCAUCUCUCCUGUCAUCCAGAAGUCUGCCACAAAUGUGGUCCUGUUUGACCUCCUGGUGAACAUCCUGGGACAUAACUUGGCUGAGCCGGCGUACGAGGCGGAGGUGGCUCAGCUGGACUAUAAGCUGGUGGCUGGAGAGCACGGCCUGGUCGUCAAAGUCAAAGGCUUCAACCACAAACUGCCUCUGCUGUUCCGCCUGAUCGUGGACCACCUGGCGGGUUUCUGCGCCUCCCCCGACGUCUUCACCAUGUUCUCUGAGCAGCUCAAGAAAACCUACUUCAACAUCCUCAUUAAACCUGAGAAACUUGGCAAGGAUGUGCGUCUGCUGAUCCUGGAGCACUCGCGCUGGUCCAUGGUGGAGAAGUAUCAAGCUCUGAUGGCCGGUCUCACUGUGGACGACCUGAUGGGCUUCAGUCAGUGUUUUAAAUCGGAGCUGUACGUAGAGGGGCUGGUGCAGGGCAACUUCACCAGCGCUGAGUCGGCUGAGUUCUUACAAUACGUCACAGACAAGCUGCAGUUCUCCAAGCUGCCAGCAGAGGUGCCGGUCAUGUUCCGAGUGGUGGAGCUGCCGCAGAAACACCACAUAUGUAAAGUGAAGUCACUCAACAAGGGAGACGCCAAUUCAGAAGUCACUGUCUAUUAUCAGUCAGGUCCCAAGUCUUUGAGGGAGCAUACACUGAUGGAACUGUUGGUGAUGCACAUGGAGGAGCCCUGCUUUGACUUCCUCAGGACCAAAGAAACCCUUGGGUAUCACGUCUACCCCACAUGCAGAAACACCUCCGGCGUUCUGGGUUUCUCUGUUACUGUGGAGACGCAGGCUACCAAGUUCAACUCUGAGUUGGUAGAGUUAAAGAUUGAGGAGUUCUUGAAUUCUUUUGGGGAGAAGCUCAAUGCCCUGACGGAGGAGGCUUUCAAUACUCAGGUGACCGCACUGGUGAAGUUGAAGGAAUGCGAGGACACUCACCUGGGGGAGGAGGUGGACCGCAACUGGGCCGAAGUCCUGACGCAGCAGUACGUCUUCGACCGGCUGCACAGAGAGAUUGCAGCCUUGAAACAGAUGACCAAGGAGGAGCUAGUGUCCUGGUUCCAGGGACAUCGAGGGUCGACGAGCCGCGAGCUCAGUGUACAUGUGGUCGGCUUCGGCGUGGAGGAGCAGGACGCAGAGGGAGGAGCGGAGAGACGUAAAGGCGACGGCGAUGAAGAUGAAGAUGAGAGUGGAUCUACGUACGGAGAAGUGUCUAAGCUGUGCUACCUUCCCCCCUCAGACAGGAUCCCCAGUGCCAAACCCAUCAUGGACAUUCCCGCUUUCAUUAAGGACCUGCCUCUGUUCCCGUACCACAAAAUACUGGAGUAAAUAGUACAACAACAUAUGCAACGAGGAAGGAGAAAUAAGUUUACGUUAAGUUAAAUAACAUUUUUGUGGUUUUCCAUGGAAUAAUGAUGGUUUAAAGUGCAUAUGACGGGUUUUCAUGUUUUUUUCUCAUUAUAGCUUGGUUUGAUGGGUUAGUGCCUGUGGUAAAUAUUAUAGUGUAAUAGUUUUACAUCAUUUAAGAGGCAGUUUCUGGGAAAAAUACGGUAUUAAAAUAUACAGGAAGUAGCUUUGGUUUCUAAAAUUCCAGUCAAAAUCCAAGGACAAUUUAAGGCUUCAUUUAACAAAUCAAAGACAUUAUCUUUUAUUUUAAUUAGUCUAAUCAUAAUUAUUGUGUAAUUUAUGCAGGUUUUGGCCCUUGUUAGCAUUAUGGUUGCUAGAUAACAGUUGUGUAAUACACUCCACAUAUGUCAUAUCUGCUGCCCGUGUCCAAACCAGGAAGUACUGUUAUAAAUUUCACCAAAAUAAGAAAACUAUAAAGAACUUGGCGAGAUUUUUAGUCAAAGUAAUUUAUUAUAAUCACGUUAACUGUGUUUUAGUGAAAAGUGUAAUUUAACUUGUCAUAUGCACUUUAAUUUGCAGCAAAAUAAGCAUAAUUUAAAAUACUUUUCUGGAUGAGGGUCCGCCACAUGCUUGUUUCUAUGGAGAUCUGAUUGCUUUGCCUGAAAUGUUCCCUGUAGGCAUUAAUUUUGCCUAUCUUGCAUUGAUUACACAUACAGGUGUUUUUAUUGCCCUACUGAUCUGACUUGUAACUUGACUUCAGCUGCUCAUCUCCAUGGAGAUGGAUAAUGCUGUAGUGCGGAACAUUCUAGGCAAAUGAGUAACAUUUUCAUCCACUAAAAACUGACACAGUAGUCAUCUUAAACAGAGCAACUUUGUACUACAGAAUUUAUAGCUUCACAACAGACAGUUUGAAUUCACAAUAUAUAUUUUGACUUGAGUAGUUACACAUAUUUCUAAUUGAUCUCAAAUUAUUAUUAUUUUUUACUAGGAAUUGAAAGUAAAAACUGUAUUUGUAAUUGAAUCUAAACUGAAGUACUUUUAACGUGUAGUCCUUUUUGACAAAGAUAUAACACUGAAACUGAAAUGUACAAUUUAAGGUAUCACUCACUACUUUCCAAGGUAUUGCUGAUAAUAUGAAAUUUUAAAAUCUACAAUUUCUUUCCACCAUUUUCAGGGGCAGGAAACUUGUUGAUUUUUUAAAAUAUCUUAAAUAUUCUGCAAUUUUUUUUCUACAUUUAUUAGUAUUUACCAAAAUCACCAAAUUAAACCAUGUCAGCUUCUCACAAACAUCCACAUAUAAACAAUACAUCAAAAUAUUACAUUAUUAAUCAUGGAAAACUUACAUAAUUGUAUUUAUUUUUAUUUUUUUAGACAUAAUAAUUUCUUCUCUCUGCAAGCUGUUUUGGGGCAAAAGUGCUUCUUAUAGUACUUGUUACUUUUAGCUUAUUUUUAAACAUUAAAGGGGUACUUAUGCCCUUGUAAGCAUCGAACUGUAAAAAUAGCUUAAGUCGUGUACAUUUGAGUGCUGGAUUUUGCUCUGUUUUGCCGAGUUGGACCUAGAAUGAAGCUUUGUACCAGGAAAUAAAUAGAUUUGAGGUGAAUGAA